GUAAUUUCUGUCUAUCUGUACCCGAAGAAUAUUCCGGACGACAAAUUUAUUUUCACGGCGGAUCUUGUGAUGAAAUAGUUCUUCGAUUACUUAUUCAAACGCGUUAAAACAGUAUUUCUUCUGAGAAUCUAAUCCUGUGUGCAAAAAUGGUGGACUACAGCAAAUGGAAGGAUAUUGAGAUAUCCGACGACGAAGAUGAGACUCAUCCCAACAUCGACACACCGUCGCUGUUCCGCUGGCGGCACCAAGCCCGCGUAGAGCGCAUGGAGGAGCGCCGCCGGGAGAAGCAGGAACACGAACAACGCAAAGCUCAGAACAUCAUAAAACUCAAUGAGACCAGGCAGAAGAUCGCAAAUGCCAGCCCUGACAGCCCUGAUCUCCAGUCACUACAGAAAGCACUCGCUGAACUCGAAAAGGAAGAGAAAACAUUACAGAAGAAGGAAGAGGAGCUAAAAAAGAAAGACAAGCAAACACCUUGGAAUGUGGACACAAUCAGUGAGCCAGGAUUCACAAAAACUGUCAUCAAUAAUCCUCCACCGCGACCUAGUGAUGAAAACUUGACAGAAGAAGAAAAAGAAGAAAGGAUGAAGAAAUUCAUCAAAGACAAUGAGAAGCAAUUGAAGAAAUUCGGCAUGCUGCGCCGCUACGACGACUCCAAGCAGUUCCUGCUGGAGCACCCUAACCUGGUGUGUGAGGAGACUGCCAACUAUCUCGUCAUCUGGUGCAUCAAUUUGGAGAUGGAAGAGAAACACGACUUGAUGGCGCACGUCGCGCACCAAACUAUCUGCAUGCAAUACAUUCUCGAGCUGUCAAAGCAACUCAAUGUUGACCCAAGAUCUUGUGUUGGAUCUUUCUUCUCCAGAAUUCAAGUGGCGGAGAAAACUUACAAAGAUUCGUUUGAUGACGAGCUGGAGCAGUUUAAGGCACGAAUCAAGAAACGCGCUGCUGAGAAAAUACAAGAAGCGCUGCGUGAGCAAGAAGAAGAAGAACGAAAGGCCAGGCUUGGCCCCGGCGGCCUCGACCCGGUCGAAGUGUACGAAGAAUUGCCUGACGAAUUGAAGAAAUGCUUCGACUCUCAGGAUGUCCCAAUGCUCCAGGCAACCAUUGCUAAAAUGCCAGAACAGGAAGCCAUCUAUUACAUGAAGCGGUGCGUGGACGCUGGUCUGUGGGUGCCUGGCAAGAAUGAUGAGGAACCAACCAUGAGGGAAAAUUCGUCGUCAGCCCCCAAUGCGUCAGAAACAGUCACGUCAGGCACGGUGCCUGGCACAUCCUCAAAUAGCACCUUAGACGUCGACUAAAUUUCUAUCCACUCAAUGCAUUUUAUGCAUUUUUUUUCUACUGUUGUUUACUAGGUUUAACUACAUACUCGUACGUCUUAUUGAAGAGUUCCAGGCACUAGAUUACUUCAGAUUAUUUUUCAAUGUAUUUCAUUUUAUACCUGGUAGAUGUUACUUACCUUCUUUCUGUGAAAUCGUAAUGUAACCACAAACCUAACAAUGUAAUCUAACCUAACAAAAGAUAAGUAGUUCUAUUAUCUUAAUGACGAUUUUGUAGGUACAUAGCCAUCACGGAUGCUAACGUAUUUACUAAUUCUAGUACAUACACAUUUCUCUACGGUCUUGUUGGCUGUGUGUGAAGUGUAGCCGUACCGGGAUGCUAUCAUCCCGCCUACCCGAAUGGGUAGGCAGAGGCAAUUUCAUCAUGUUGCAUUUUAUCAAUGUCCCCACAGUGGAGCAUAAUAUUAUACGUGGAAGAUAAAUGUAUGUAUGUUAGUUCAAUAAUUGUCUUUUAAACAAGAUAUUAAUUAAAUCAUUUCUUACUGAAAGCGAAAUAAAAUUUAAUCGUAUGAACGCUGUAA